AUACACACACACACACACACACACUUUAGCUCCAGCACCAUUGCUCAGCAGCCCUGGUGCCGUGGCAACACCCCGGUAAAAAAGCCGGGGAGCAAAAGCAGGUACAGCCACGAGUCACAGCCUGUGUGCGCACAGAGCGCUGUGACACCACCGCCUGCCAACACGCAAGGCCCUGCCUCGACUUUCCAGGCCCGGGGGCCGCCGCACAAGCAGGACGAGCGGCCUGUGGGCCAGCCAAGCCCCUCCCUCCUGUAGCGAGCAAGCCAGAGUCCGAGAGCGAAAGCGGCACCCCAAGCGCCGCGGCUGGCAACGCGCUGCGAACCAUUCGGACUGCAGGCGGCGGCAGCCAGACCGGGGAGCGGGGGAGCUGCGCGCAGGGAGGUCAUGAAGCUGAAACACUGAGAAGUUGCAUGAAUAGAAGAUGCAGUCUUCAAAAUUUCAUUUACUUUUCCAUUUCCGUUACUGGUUGCUCUGGACUAGCAUAGGGAAAUUGGGACAAAUUCAAUUAGCAGGUUUGUGUGUUAAUGCACAGAAGGAUAUGGAGAGCAAGAACUCUGCAAAGAUGUAUAGAAUUCCUCGGGGGAAGGGGCCUUACUCUGUUGGCUGCACGGAUCUGAUGACUGGUCACACAACUCAGGGAAGCUUCUUUCGUCUGUAUUAUCCUUCCCAAAAUGGCACGACUAGUGAAGACACCAAGUGGAUCCCCAGGAAGGAAUAUUAUCGCGGAAUCUGCGACUUCCUAAACAUGUACCGGUUGUUAGGAGAGAAAUUUUUGCAGUACUACGUUGGCUCAGUGACAUGUCCUGCAAAAUGGAAUGCUGCUUUCAAGUCUGGAGAGAAAUACCCCCUCAUUAUUUUUUCCCAUGGACUUGGCGCGUUCAGGACUAUAUAUUCUGCUAUCUGCAUUGAGAUGGCAUCUCAGGGUUUUAUUGUUGUUGCUGUAGAGCACAGAGACAAAUCUUCUUCUGCUACUUAUUAUUAUAAAGAGAGUCCUGUUUCUGAAGCACGAGAGGAGGCUGCAGCAGGUUUGGAAGAGGAAUGGAUCUACUACAGAAGACUAAAACAAGGUGAACAGGAAUUUCCUCUACGCCACCAACAGGUGCAACAGAGAAGAGAGGAGUGUAUCAAAGCUCUUGACCUCAUUCUUGAUAUUAAUUCUGGAAAACAUGUAGAGAAUGUCCUGCCUUCAAACUUUGAUUGGACUCUUCUAAAGGGUUCUAUUGAUAAUAACAAAAUAGCAAUGAUGGGACACUCUUUUGGUGCUGCCACAGCCAUUGAGACUCUUAGCAAAGAAACUAGAUUCAAGUGUGGCAUUGCCUUAGAUGCAUGGAUGCUUCCUCUCGAUGAUGAAGUUUAUCCCAGGGUGCAUCAGCCAUUGCUGUUUAUCAACUCAGAAAAAUUCCAGUGGGCUACAAAUGUUCUAAAAAUGAAGAAAUUGGACUCCUCUGAUACAGAAAGGAAAAUGAUCACUAUCAAGGGAUCAGUACAUCAGAGUUUUCCAGAUUUUACUUUCCUGGCUGGUACCUUUGUUGGAAAGAUUUUCAAAUUACAGGGAGAUAUAGACCCAAACAUAGCUAUAGAUAUUAGCAACAAAGCUUCUUUAGCCUUCUUGCAGAAACAUUUAGGUCUGGAGAAAGACUUUAAUCAGUGGGACACUCUUGUAGAUGGCGAAGGAAAUAAUGUCAUUCGUGGCACCAACAUUAAUCUACCCUCAACUCAGCCUGAAUCACUAGAAUGAAGAAACUGAUAAUACGAUGUAUACUAAAACAUUCCUGAAGUUUUCAACAAGCUGUUACUUAGAAGACAGUAACUGCUGGCCAGUACUUCCCACAACUACAUUGUUUUGGGUUUUUUCCCCCCUUAUGAAGACAGGUGACUAUUAGGCGUUCUCAAUGCACAACUGAUAAAAGCUUAGAGUUUAAAUUCAUACCAGCCUAUAAACUUACUCUUUAAAAUACUGCAAUAACUUUUUCUAACAAUUAAACAUUAAAACAGCUAUAAUAUGGAUAUCUAGCUCUAAGUUAGGAAAGAAGCAAUGUUGAUCAGCAUUUACAGCAAGAGACUUUCGUUCUGGCAAGAGCUUGCACAAAAUGGUUAACCUCUCUGCUCUUCAGCAUCUCCAUCUUUAACAUGAAGAUACCCAACAAGCAUUAUUGGGUGCUCUGAGCUCUCCAGCUUUAGAGUGCUACAUAAAUACUCAUUUGUUUUUAAUUACUAGGCCUAUGCUAGCUGGACUUCAAGAACAUCAAAUAGGAAGCCCCAAUUCAGUUUAAGAUUUUGAUCUCAAAAGGAGAUAUUUUGUAAAAUCCACUUCCAUUAGCUGCCAGCAACACUGGAAGCCUCUUCAGAGCAGUUCGUUCUUGAGAGAAUUCUUUCAAGAUUUCUAUAAGUUGUCACUUCUUGUGAAGGUUCAGUUCCAUCUGAGCUGCAGACUGAAAGAAGGCUCACUGUAGUUUUGGAUUUGACCCAGAACCAAAAGUACAAGGACAGAUUAGUAUCUAGGGACUUGAAUCACACUCCUGCCUCCUAACAUUCAAUCCAAAUAGUCUUGUAGGUGCUAUAUAUCGUAUUUUUAGUCGUUACAUACUUUAAUAACUGAUUGUGUUUUAGAAACCACAUUGCACAUGCUUAAGUAUUCCUACCAUGCUUUAGCGAACUAAAACUACACAAAUUAACUGAAAUGUUUUCCCUCUGACAGACAAUGAAAGCACAGAGCACUUGGGUAGGAUUCUCCAAAGCACACAAGACAUCGAAGCACAAGUCCCUUAAAAAUCAAUGGGACUUGUGCACCUUUGCCAUACAGCUUUUGCCUGCUUUAUAAUCAUCAGUUAGGAAUGAGAUUGAUACUGGAGAGAAAACUGAACUCUUCAGGCAGCAUAGCCUUCAUCCGUAAGAGUAACUGUUUUGUCUUUAUCUUCAACAGCCAUCUCAAUAUGUGACAUGCAAAAUUAUUAAGGAUGCUUUUUAACAUAUUAUAAGAAAACUGUAGCCUAGUUUCUGGGCAAGUUGCAGAUUUCUAACAUGGUGUAUGCCAUUCCAAUACAAAUCUAUGUUUUUAACCAUUAA